GUUUGGACCAAUAAAUAUUGUUGCAAGCCCAACUCGAUUUUUCUGGGAUUUACUUCGCCCUAGAAAGAAACAUGACCUGAUUUCGACAGGAGUAUAUAAGCUCCCUUCGGUAUCCGAAAAAAUUACGUAGUACGUAGUAUAAUUCUUCCACAUUCAGUUCCAGGUAUUUCAUUUUACUCUCCUCCAUGUAUCUGAUUCCAUUAACCUCAAUGAAUAAGGACAUUUAUCAAUUAAAAGAUAUGGCGGGCAGUUUCUGGAUUUUUAUCACUGCGUAAUUAUUAUGGGUACCUUCAGAUUUUCAUAUCAUUAGCUCCACUCCACAGCUCAGUUCUUCAUGUCAUCAGUGCUUAGAUUUCUUCAUUUUGAGUGAUCUGGUUCGAUGUUCGAAUCUGCGUUUGCUAGUUAAUGUGUGUGUAGAACUUUAAAUGUUUGGAGGCAUAAUCUCAGCUUUGAAAAUGACACGCACAUAUUCUCCCUGUUUUUGAUGUUUUUUUAGAAGCUUUUGUUGUUUGUUCUAUUUCAUAAUUUAUAAGAUUAUGCCUUGUUAUUAACCUUAGAUUACAUUUAUUAAAAUUCAACCUUUACUUGAAUAAAUUGCCCCUAACUUGAAUAAGACGCACAUUUGAAUUAAUAUUUGUAAAUGUAGAUAACAAAAUUAAGACGCACAUUUGAUUAAAUAUCUAAAUGGGAAAAUCGCACUUUUAGUCUCUGAAAUAGUCAUGAAAAUGAAAUGUUAGGCCCGUAUUUCUAAUAUUGUAAAUCUCACUCCUCAAUUAUCCAAAAUGUUGUAAAUGUAGUUCUUUAAGGGUUAAAUAUACUCUCGCUCACAUUGUAUAUUUCACCCCUCAAAGGACAACAUUUACAACGGACAAUUGAGGGAUGACAUUUACAAACUUGGGAAUACAGGUCCGACAUUUCAUUUUCGUGACUAUUUCAGGGACUAAAAUGCGAUUUUCCCUAUCUAAAUUCAUUGAAAUAGUUAAAAAUGUAGAUGCAAAAUCUUGACGAAAUGUACAACUUCAUUUAGCAAUUUGUUACCCCUUUAUCCACAUUUCCAUUGUCCUCUCUUACUUUCUUAUUAAGUACGGAGUAACAAAUAAGAAUUAAUGGAUGGAGUACGAUACAACUGUUGAUUUUAAGCAUUUCGUUUUCCCAUGUUAAAGUUGUUUCUUUCAUUGACUGAAUAAAAUGUACUACAUAUUAAAUUCUGAGUACUUAAAUGAUAUUGUAGGGAAUCUUAUAUAAGACAUGGUGAGAGUUAGUGUUUUGAACGAUGCUCUCAAGAGCAUGUACAAUGCUGAGAAGAGAGGGAAGCGUCAGGUCAUGAUUAGACCUUCUUCCAAAGUAAUCAUCAAGUUUCUCCUGGUUAUGCAAAAGCAUGGUUACAUUGGAGAGUUUGAGUACGUUGAUGAUCACAGGUCUGGAAAAAUUGUUGUUGAGCUUAAUGGAAGGCUGAAUAAAUGUGGGGUUAUCAGUCCACGUUUUGAUGUUGGUGUCAAAGAUAUUGAAGGUUGGACUGCCAAAUUGCUUCCUUCUAGACAGUUUGGUUACAUUGUGCUGACAACCUCAGCCGGGAUCAUGGACCACGAGGAAGCCAGAAGAAAGAAUGUUGGUGGCAAAGUACUUGGUUUCUUUUACUAGGAUUCGUGUCUCCAUUAGACAGAACCUCCAGUUCUGGUGUGCGUUUUUUUGUGUUUUCUGGAAAACAUUAUAUUAUCAAUGUGACUAGUCUUUAGUAAAGACCAGAGGAGAUUCGUAUGUCAACCGUACCUACUCUACCGACAUGAGUGGAUCUUGGGUCAAAUGAAUCCAACGGAAUCAAAUAUCCAAAUAUUUGGAUUUGAUUAAUUUACUUGGAAUUUGAAAUGGAAUCAGAUUUGUAAAAGAUGUUUGAUACAUUUUGGAUUUGAUUCAAAUAUUUAUAUUGUAAUAUACUCUGUAUGAAGCAGUUUAACCUUAAUUCAUUAUUUUCCCAAUGAAUGAA